GGCCCUGUGGGAGUGCGCACGCACUGGCCGGGUGCAGCCGGACGCUCUAAGCGGGCGUGCCACCCAAGUUAUGAGCAGUGGGCUCGGGCAGACCUGACGUCACGACGGUCCUCCAGCACGAGUCUGGGCCCAGGCCCUGUGCAUCUUAAGACAUGGAGUUUGUGUCUGGAUACCGGGACGAGUUCCUUGAUUUCGCUGCUCUUCUUUUUGGCUGGUUCCGCAAGUUCGUGACAGAGAAGGGAACCAUGGGAACCAACCUUGAGGGCCGAUGGCGUCAACUGGAGGCUCAGAUAAGGAGGCUGCCCCAAGACCCUGCCCUGUGGGUGCUCCACGUCUUACCAAACCGUAGUGUGGGCAUCAGCCUGGGGCAAGGUGCAGAGCCAGGUCCUGGGCCAGGCCUGGGGGCGUCCCGGCUCCUGGGAGAUGAGCCUCCACUCCACCUUCGAGAUCUGAGUCCUUACGUCACUUUUGUCAGUCUAGAGGAUGGGGAGGAAGGGGAGGAGGAAGAAGAUGAAGAAGAGAAUGGAAAGGAGAGCUCAGGCACAGAGAAGGCAGAACCGCAGGAGGGUGGGGAGCCGGCCCCUCCAAGCAGGGAACUCCUCCAAGAAGCAAAGCCACCAGCCGAGUCAGAGGUGACCCAGCAAGAGGCAAGCUGUGAUGAUGGCUGCCGAGAGGACAGAGCAGAGGAUGAGAGAGCCCCUGAAAAGAGGAGGAAAGGACGGAGGAGUGAGGCUACCCCGCUGCACCUCUCCUGCCUUUUGCUGGUGACAGAUGAGCAUGGCACCAUCUUGGGCAUUGAUCUGCUAAUGGAUGGAACCCAGGGGAGUGUGGGCCAGAACCCAGGCACUGAGAAUCUGGCUCCUCGGGCCUAUGCUCUCCUUUGCCAUAGCAUGGCCUGCCCUAUGGGUUCUGGGGACCCCCGGAAGCCCCGACAGCUUACUGUGGGAGACGCCCACCUGCAUCGAGACCUGGAGAGCCUGAUCCCGAGGUUGGGUGUGAAGUUAGCAAAGACCCCAAUGAGGACAUGGGGUCCUCGGCCAGGCUUUACUUUUGCCUCUCUUCGGGCUCGAACUUGCCAUGUUUGUCAUAAGCACAGCUUUGAAGUGAAGUUGACACCCUGCCCCCAGUGCAGUGCCGUCUUAUACUGCGGAGAGGCUUGUCUCCAGGCUGAUUGGCGCCGAUGCCCAGAUGAUGUGAGCCACAGAUUUUGGUGCCCACGACUUGCCGCUUUUAUGGAGCGAGCAGGAGAACUGGCAAGCCUGCCUUUCACCUAUACUGCAGAGGUGACCAGUGAAACCUUUAACAAGGAAGCUUUCCUGGCCUCUCGGGGGCUCACUCGUGGCUAUUGGACCCAGCUCAGCAUGCUGAUUCCAGGGCCUGGCGCCCCCAGGAACCCCUGGGGUGGCACACCAUCCCUCAGCCGCCUUCUCAACGGUGAUCCUUACCAGCUUCUGCAGGGAGACGGGCCUGCCUUGAUGCCUCCGGUGCCCCUAGACCCACCCAGGAGCCUCUUCGGUUCAUGGCAGGAUUACUACAUGUGGCGGGGCCUUAGCCUGGACUCCCCCAUGGCUGUGCUUCUCACCUACCCGCUGACCGUGUACUAUGUCAUCACCCACCUGGUACCCCAGUCCUUCCCUGAGCUCAACAUCCAGAACAAGCAGUCACUGAAGAUCCACGUGGUGGAGGCCGGGAAGGAAUUUGAUCUUGUCAUGGUGUUUUGGGAGCUCUUGGUCCUUCUCCCACACGUGGCCCUGGAGUUACAGUUUGUGGGUGACAGCCUACCACCUGAGAGUGACCAGCAGCAUUUUACUAUGCAGAGGGAUGGCCCUGAGGUGUCUCUGCGUCCCGGUUCUGGGGUAUCAGCACGGCUCAGCUCUGGGACUAAGGAGAAGGGAGGGCGAAGGGACCUGCAAAUCAGGGUGUCCACCCGGCCCUAUCACCUGCUCCAGGGACCCAAGCCUGACCUGGUUAUUGGAUUUAACUCUGGCUUUGGUCUCAAGGACACAUGGCUGAGCUGUCUGCCCCGAUUACAGUCUCUCCGAGUGCCAGCUUUCUUCACUGAGAGCAGUGAGUAUGGCUGUGUGAUGGACGACCAGAUCAUGGCGGUGGCCACAGGAGGGGGCACCAGCUCGCCACAGCCCAACCCCUUCCGCUCCCCAUUCCGCCUCAGAGCAGCUGACAACUGUAUGCCGUGGUACUGCAACGCCUUCAUCUUCCAUUUGGUCUACAAGCCUGCCCAAGGCGGCUCGGUCCGCUCAGCGCCCGGCCCUGCACCUCGACCCCCAACUCCGGCUGCUCCUCCUGUCCCGGUUCGAAGGCGCCGAGGAGAAAAGAAAGCUUCGCGCGGGCCCCGCCGGCGCAGAUGAGUGCGGAGCUGGCAGCCGUCCACUCCCUGCCAAGCAUGCUUCCUAAAGGAAAACACUCCAAGGCCCGGGGGAAAACUGAAUAUCAGGACGCGAAAGGUUAAUAAAAUUCCUUUUUUGAAA